AUGGUAUGGAUUGGGAUCUACAUUGCAAUUGCAUCUUGUUUUUGCAUCUUUGCCAUGGCAACUGAUUUAGUGCAUGGUUUCCGAAAUAAAAGGUUCUGGUUUCCAUCCAAAUAUUUCACACUUAAUGCUGCUUCUAUAACGGUGAUAAGUGUCGCCAUGAAACUGCCUGUGGAUCUUAAUAGUGGGAUGCCAAGUUACAUCGACCAAGCGGCCAAAUUAGGAAGUUUGGCUUUUAUGUGUACGAUGAUGGCUAACUUAAUGCCUUCUUUGGCGUCUAUGAACAACACCACACUUUUUGCAAAUGUCAUAGGUUUGUCCAUACUCGCUAUUACCAUGAUUGUGAAUGUUAUUAUUCAGAUAACUGCUAGUGUUAUUAGUGAUAUGCAUCUCGAUAUUAAUAGUAGCUAUUUACUUGAUUUUAACUGCGUCAAGGUUGCAUACAUCUAUACAACUUUGAUCUUUGUGUUACUAAUAAUAAUAAUUUCUUCAUCCCUAUCAAUUCCAACCUCUAAAGAUAUUUUAGAGUUCAAGUAUCAGGAGACAAAUAAAACCUUAUUAACUGAUCAACGUCUGCAACAUACUCAAAUGUCUAUGGUGGAGAAACUAAAACAGUAUGUGACGAGGUACUGGGUCAUGGCAGAAACUGGUAGCCCUCAGUUUGUGAUGGCUAGUAGCCCGGUAUGCACAGCUUCUGGAGUAAUUUGUGUACUUGUUUUACUAAUGCACUUACUCGUGGUGCUCAAAACUUGGUCGGGAACUCAUGACGGAGUAGUAGAAAAACAAAAGCCAUAUGGAUCACCGUAUAAGAGGUCAAUACUUGCCAUAGUUAUAACACAAUCCAUAGGAGUCGUAGUGGGAACCAUUGCUCCGAUAUUUAGAUGCUUUUCAGUUUUGAACUAUAGGUUGAUCACUGAAUGGACUAGGAAUUAUUUGAUGUUUUUUGAAGUAGAGAAGUACUGGACCCAAAGGUUGUACGACUGGAAACAAAGUCAUAUACCUAUUCUAUCAAGCAGUCGUAGAUCAAGAACUUUUGUCUAUAAUUUGAAAAACACCAUUUUAGGCCUUUGGAUUAGAUUUCAAAAGGUAACUGUCGUAUUGUGUAAAGUCAUCUGGCUCAUCCCGAUUGUCUUUCUAAGAUUUGUUGUCUAUUGUGUAAAUCGUUGUAAGUCAUUGAAGAUGAGGUUGUUUACUCCACCUAUCUCCCCAGGAGCCGAGGGUGUUAAUGAAGAACUUAGAAAUUACGUUUUACAAAUUCACAAUGAGAUGGAGCUUGCAGAAAAUAUAUUGAAGGGAAUCUUAAACUCUAUAAAUUCCUUCAUCUUAAAGGCCGAGAAGAAACAAAACGAAAAUCUUCAAAAUCUUCUUGGGAAAUCUACUGGGUUCAAUGGAGUAACAAACUUUGACAACGAGCACGUGCAGUCUCUGCUUCCUGCUGAGCUUGUAAACAGUUGGGGCUUACCAAUAGUAACCAUGACAUGCAUUGCUAUUUCUCUCCCAAAUAUUCAUAAGGACAGAGUUGAGAGCUUGGUUAAAAGUGUUGGAGAAGGUCUUUGGUACACCUAUCAUGUAGAAGAGACCCUCAAUAGUGCAAGUGAAUAUGUAAAUAUUCGAAAUUCUACUAUGACCAUAUGUCAUGAGGUUGAAAACAACUGCAAGUGGCUGAAGAAUGCUUUGGGGAAAGAUAUGUUUUCAGGGAAAACAACAACAGAGAUUGUCAAAUGGUUUGCAGAAAAAGCAAAAGAUAUUGUGAUAGAAAUCAAGGAAAGUACCAACGGAGAAAUGGUGCAGAAACCUUCUAAGAGUUUAAUUGCUGCCAAUUCAAUGUACCGGGUUGCAGAAACAAUCUUGCUAACAGACCAAAGAAAUACCGAACUACAUGAUGAGCAGUUGUUUGUCCUUUUAAAUGACAUGAUUGCAGACAUAUUUUCUGCUUGCUUCACCAACAUACCACGAGUCAUAAUAACGAAAUGCCAAGAAAGUGUGAUAGAGAAAAGAGAGGCAAGUGUCAAGGUUGCAGCCAAACUUCUUGGUGAGACUAAAACGAUAAUACAACAACUUAGGGCACGUGAACUUCCAGGCAUGGAUCCCGAUAAGAUGGCAUACAUUGAUGAAUGGCGUCAUUAUUUGAAGCAAUCAAUCUCUUAA